CAAUCAAGUUGGGUGUGUUUGCCUACGCGACACAUGUGGCGAAACGUGAGCGCGCAUUCGACAAGGGCGCGCACGCCUUCCGGCCGUAAAUACGUCAGUGUAGCGCGCCGUCGUUCUUUCUUUCUCUCGUCCUGAAGAUGGCGGCAGGGACUCUGUACACGUACCCAGAGAACUGGCGGGCCUUCAAGGCCCAGAUCGCAGCCCAGUACAGUGGGGCUCGCCUCAAAGUUGCCAGCAACCCCCCUGCCUUCACCUUCGGGCAGACAAACCGUGCUCCUGCCUUCCUCAGCAACUUCCCCCUUGGCAAGGUACCUGCCUACCAGGGGGAUGACGGCUUCUGUCUGUUUGAGAGUAAUGCCAUUGCUCACUACUUGAGCAAUGAUGCCCUGCGUGGUGCCACUCCUCAGGCCGCAGCCCAAGUGCUGCAGUGGGUGAGCUUUGCUGACUCAGAGAUCAUCCCUCCAGCCAGUGCAUGGGUCUUCCCCACUCUUGGAAUCAUGCAGUUCAAUAAACAGGCUACAGAGCAGGCAAAGGAGGAUGUGAAGAGAGCCCUUGCUGUGCUUAACCAACACCUGAAUACCCGCACCUUCCUUGUGGGAGAGAGGGUCAGCCUUGCUGACAUCACUGUGGCAUGCUCCAUGCUCUGGCUCUACAAACAGGUUCUGGAGCCUUCUUUCCGCCAACCUUACACCAAUGUUACCCGCUGGUUUGUCACCUGUGUGAACCAGCCCCAGUUCAAGGCUGUCCUUGGAGAGGUCAAGCUGUGUGAAAAGAUGGCCCAGUUUGAUUCCAAGAAGUUUGCUGAGAUGCAGCCCAAGAAAGAGACCCCUCCUAAGAAAGAGAAGGCAGCUAAAGAGGCAGCCAAGCCCCAGGAGAAGAAGGAAAAGAAAAAGGAAGAGAAGAAACCAGACCCAGAGGAGGAGAUGGAUGACUGUGAUGCUGCUUUGGCUGCUGAGCCCAAAGCCAAGGACCCAUUUGCACACCUGCCAAAGAGCGCAUUUGUCAUGGAUGAGUUCAAGAGAAAGUAUUCCAACGAAGACACCCUGAAGGUAGCCCUUCCCCACUUCUGGGAGAACUUUGACCGUGAGGGCUACUCCAUCUGGUAUAGCCAGUACAAAUACCCUGAGGAGCUGACACUUACCUUCAAGAGCUGCAACCUUAUCACCGGUAUGUUCCAGCGCCUGGACAAGCUCAGAAAGAAUGCCUUUGCUAGCGUCAUCUUAUUUGGAACAAAUAACGACAGCAGCAUCUCUGGAAUUUGGAUCUUCAGAGGCCAGGACCUGGCGUUCACUCUCUCUCAAGACUGGCAGAUUGACUAUGAAUCAUAUGAUUGGCGCAAGCUGGACCCAGACAGCGAGGAGUGCAAGACCAUGGUAAAAGAGUACUUUGCCUGGGAGGGAGAAUUCAAACACGUGGGUAAAGCCUUCAACCAGGGCAAGGUCUUCAAGUGAGAGGACACUGGCACAGUCUGAGGAAAAACACUGCACUUCUGCUCCCCAAAUCAUAAGGCCUAUGGACAACAGCCACCACACAAGCUUGACUUGGAAUGACUGUCUGAAGAUGAGUGAAUAUUGUCAGUGGGCCCCAAACUUUUUUUUUGUUUUUUGUUUGACAUGCGAAAUAAAGCGUUUUCAACAAUGCUA